AAAAUCUUCUUUCUAUAAAGGAUGAUUUCCUCCCACCAUUCUUCACAGAAAUCAGAAACCAAUACAACAAAAUUACUCCUCUUCCCUUUUUCAUGGCCGCUUCUGAUCUCUCCGUCAUUCUCCCCCGCGUUCUCGUCGUUUCUCGCCGCUGCGUUCGUAAGAACAAAUUCGUCGAUUUUGUCGGGGAGUACCAUCUCGAUCUCAUCGUUGGAUAUGGCGCAGUACCGGUGAUAGUCCCGAGAGUCUCCGGCGUUCACAUGCUUUUAGAAAGCUUCGAGCCGAUCCAUGGAGUUCUCCUCUGCGAAGGCGAGGACAUCGAUCCGUCUCUUUACGAGACCGAUACCGCCGGCCUCUCUCAAGAGGAGCUCGAUGAAAUCAGGCGGUUACACACCAGCGACACCGCCAUUGAUAAAGAGAAAGAUACAAUCGAGUUACGAUUGGCGAAGCUUUGCCUCGAGAGGAACAUUCCGUACCUAGGGAUUUGCAGAGGAUCGCAGGUCCUCAAUGUCGCAUGCGGAGGUACGCUUUAUCAGGACGUUGAUAGUGAGAUUCGGAAGAAGUGUCCGGGAGGGGAAAAAGUGGUUCAUAUGGAUUACGAUAAUUACGAUGGGCAUAGGCAUAGGGUUAAUGUUGUGGAGAAUACGCCAUUGCAUAAUUGGUUCAGAGAUUCAUUGGAUGAAAAGAAGAUGGAGAUUAUGGUGAACAGUUAUCAUCAUCAAGGAGUUAAGGUGUUGGCUCAGAGAUUUGUGCCCAUGGCUUUUGCUCCUGAUGGAUUGAUUGAAGGGUUUUAUGAUCCAGAUGCCUAUAAUCCUGAAGAGGGAAAGUUCAUUAUGGGACUUCAAUUUCAUCCUGAAAGAAUGAGACGCCCUGAUUCUGACGAAUUUGAUUAUCCUGGAUGCCCUGCCGCUUAUCAGCAAUUUGUGAAGGCAGUGGUUGCAUACCAAAAGAAGUUAAACAGCAGCACAUUAUCAGCACCCAAAAAGGCUUUAAAGCUGGACAACGAAAUGGAGAAGAAAAGGAAGAUCAUAGUCCGAAGCUUCUCCCUUGCCAAGAACUUAUACACGACCGGCCGCGAUGCCCAGCUCGAGCGAGAGGCUGAGCUCGAAGUAGGAGCCGAGUUCCUAGAGUCGAACACUGCUCUGAGCGUGCAACAAAAGAACAGGCUGAAGCAAAUGGGUGCAACAGUGAGAAAUGGAGGGUCGUACAUAGAGAAGCUGAAGGUAAAUGAAGAGAGAGAAAGAACAGCAAAGAACGUGAUGGGGAAGAUGACAAUAGAGCAAUUGUCUGAUCUCAUGUCAUUCUACCAUAUGAUGGGUCAGAUCUGCUCAGAAAUUUUGGAGAGAAAGUUGAACGAUAUUGUGAAGUAAAGGGCAGCAGUUUGGUCUUUUGAUCUGUCAUUUUCUAAAGUAUCUUUUGCUGUAGGGGUCUCAUCGAUUUCAUUAAGGAUCCACCACACAUUUAUGUAUCUCUCUCUAAUUUAUACUUUCUCUCUCUACAAAAGGUGGGUAAUGGAUUGAGGACCUCCAAAUUUGUAACCUUCUCUCUCUCUCUCUCUCUCUCCCUCUCUCUCCCUCUCUCUCCAUUGAUAAUGGGUUGGAAAUCAUUAUGUGAAUUAUAUUGCAAUUGUAAAGUUUGGGAACCCCCAUGUUUUACUUUUCUA